CAGUAGGCAUAACUCUGUUAACAACUUCCGGAAGAAACAGGAACAAGAAAAGGAUUGUCUCUACGUUUAUUUCUAUAUUUAUAAUUAACAGACGUCGUUUAUAUUUAUUCUUAGUGUAAAUAAUAGUGUAAAACCGAGCAGUUAAUCAGCUGCUAAAAUGAACGGUACAAUAUCAAUGAUGUCAACACAAAACAAUUCAGAAUCACCUAGCAAGAAAUUCCGAGCAGAAGAUGUUACAGCAGAGAGACAGUACAGAUUCUGUGGCCUUCGACUGAGCUGUGAUCAUGAGCGUGUGCCAAGCAAAGAAAGAGAACGCUACAUACGUUGAACAGAAAAAAUCAGAGUUUUUUUAUUACAUAAAAAAAACUCCUACUGACAAUAAUCGAGUAUCAAAAAAAAUACUCACAAAUUCUAGAUAGAUUUUGUUUUGAAAAAAAACUUGAGGUUGAUUAUGUUUGUCGAGUGAAUCAUCAACACUACAAUCGAUUAAUGGCUUCAAAUAGAAAGUGCUAAAGCAUCUUUAACAGAAAUGCUAGUGACUUCUUGCAAGGACCAAUUUAUGAUCUUAAUCAAACAGGUCAGGUUGUCGCUGGUCCUGGAGCAAAGUAUCUUACUUUGCCUGGAAUCUUGGGUGCUGGACUGCCGAAAAUAUCGUCAGAGCAACAAGAUACCGUGAAUAAAGCCAAAAAAUAUGCCAUGGAACAAAGUAUAAAAAUGGUCCUGAUGAAACAAACUUUGGCUCAUCAACAACAGCAAAUGGCUAGUCAACGGAAUCAGGUGCAGAGACAGCAGGCUCUCGCCCUCAUGUGCAGGGUAUACGUGGGCAGCAUAAGUUUUGAAUUGAAAGAAGAUACAAUAAGACAAGCUUUCUUACCUUUUGGUCCAAUUAAAUCAAUUAAUAUGUCAUGGGAUCCCGUGACACAAAAACACAAAGGCUUUGCAUUUGUUGAGUAUGAAAUACCUGAAGCGGCACAACUUGCUUUGGAACAGAUGAACGGCGUCAUGAUUGGUGGAAGAAAUAUCAAGGUCGUUGGAAGACCAUCAAAUAUGCCUCAAGCACAAUCGGUGAUUGAUGAAAUUACCGAAGAAAGUAAACACUAUAAUCGCAUUUAUAUUGCGUCAAUUCAUCAAGAUUUAACCGAGGAUGAUAUUAAAUCGGUUUUUGAAGCAUUUGGACCAAUUACCUAUUGUAAAUUGGCGCAAGGAAGUUCACCGCAUAGACACAAAGGCUAUGGUUUCAUUGAAUAUGAAACAAUGCAAUCUGCAUUAGAAGCCAUUGCUUCAAUGAAUUUAUUUGAUUUGGGUGGACAAUAUCUUCGAGUUGGACGUGCAAUUACACCGCCAAAUGCACUAAUGGGACCACCAAGUGGUACCAGUACAAUGCCAACAGCCGCUGCAGUUGCCGCAGCUGCAGCCACAGCUAAAAUUCAAGCGAUGGAUGCAGUUGCAAGUAAUGCUGUUGCAUUGGGUCUCACAAAACUUGGAGCAACGACACCUCCACUCUUAUCUCAAGCACUUCCAACUAUUGCUCGUUCAACAACACCGUCAAGUACAGUAAUGGCACCACCAUCGGUAGCAACAAUUGCACCUAUCAUUCCACCUCCUGGUAUUGCAAUUCCACAAACUUUGACGCGACCUCUUGCCAUUAUUCAACCGAUUACUGGUCAACCGGUCGCUAUUCCACCUCCGGCUGUUGUAGCGCCAACUGCAGUCGGUGCACAAGUUCAAAUACCAGUAACCGCUUCAUUAACCGCACCAAGUACGGACUUGAUGAGACGAGCUCAAGAGCAAGCGGCACAUCAAAAACAACAGGAGGAACUACAAAAGAAAUUAUUAGAAGAAACUGAACCACAGACAUUACAACAACAAGAAAAUAUGUCAAUAAAAGGACAAAGUGCAAGACAUUUGGUUAUGCAAAAAUUAAUGAGAAAAGUUGAAUCUCGAGUUGUUAUUUUAAGAAAUAUGGUUGCACCCGAAGAUGUUGAUGAGAGUUUACAAGAAGAAAUUCAAGAUGAAUGUUCGAAAUUCGGUGUUGUUGAACACGUUAUCAUUUACAAUGAACGACAAUCUGAAGACGAUGAAGACGCUGAAGUUAUAGUCAAAAUAUUUGUUGCAUUUAACCAAAUGUGUGAAGCGGAACGAGCAAGAGAUUCGUUAAAUGGACGUUAUUUCGGUGGAAGAAUGGUAAAAGGUGAACUUUACGAUCAAGCAUUAUUUGACAACAAUGAUUUUUCCGGCUGAUUUUUAUUUAUUUUUUUUUUUAUUCAUUCGAAGUUGACAGUGAUCUAAGAGUUUAUCUAUUUUCUCCUAUGGAAGAAUACGUAUUAUUGUUGAAAAAAAAGAAACAAUUUGUGCUAAAUUUUUUAUGCUGAGUGUAUGAAUGUUAAUUGUAUCGAAUUUUGAAUGCCUUGUAUUUUUUUUUUCUUUCUUUUUUGCUAAAGUAGCAUA